AUGACUAGUGAGGUAUUGGUCACUGGGGCUAGUGGCUUCAUUUCUCAGCAUAUCGUUAAACUAUUAAUCGAACGUGGUUAUAAAGUUAUUGGGACUGUGAGGGAUGAUAAUAAAGGAAAAAAUUUAGUAGCAAAUGUUGGAUCAGACAACUUUUCUUACGAAGUGGUUCCGAAUAUAAUUGAAGAAGGAGCUUUUGACAAAGCAUUGUCAUCUCAUCCAAAUGUUAAGUAUUUAUUACACACUGCCUCUCCUUUUUUUUAUGAUACCACCGAUCCAGAGAAGGAUUUAAUCAUUCCAGCUAUAAAGGGCACCCAAAAUAUACUCAAGGCAGUCAAAGAGUAUUGCAAGAAUGUUGAGAGAGUUGUUAUCACUUCUUCAGAUGCAGCAAUUUAUUCUGCUGAUGAUGAACAAAACUCUUCCUUGAAGUUCGAUGAAGCAAGCUGGAAUAAAAUAUCCUACCAAGAUGCUUUGAAAGACCCAAUUGCCGCAUACUAUGGCGCAAAGUCGUUUGCUGAAAAGCUAGCUUGGGACUUUAUGGAAAAGGAGAAACCAAUAUUCAAACUUACUGCUGUUAACCCAGUUUAUGUUUUCGGCCCCCAAGCGUUCGACAGUGAAGUCAAAGAAAAAUUAAAUACUUCAAAUGAGUUGAUACAUACCUUGAUUAAACUUGGGCCCGACGAUAAAUUCGAUAAUGAUAAGGGAGGCUUCAUAGAUGUUAGAGAUGUUGCUCGGGGACAUAUUGCAGCUUUCGAAUUAGAAACAACUGUCGGCAAGAGACUUUUUCUUACUAAUGGUCACUUCAGCACCCAGAUGAUGCUUGACAUCAUAAAUAAGAACUUUCCUUCAUUGAAAGGUAAUAUUCCCACAGGAAAUCCCGGUACAGGGCAAGAAGAUAUAAAAACUUUGGCUAAAGUGGAUAAUCAAAAGACUAGAGAUAUUUUGAAGUUCGAGUUCAGGUCAUUGGAAGAAACUGUAAUUGAUACGGUAAGCCAAUUGCUUGAAAAACUCUAUUCUCAAUAA